UUAUUCUUUUCAUAGUAUGUGAUUCCUUUCUUCUCGGAUAUACUGAUACAACCAUUAUAAAUAGAAGAUGCUAGACAUUUACGUAAGUAUGCACAACAUAGCAAAAACCAACCAACUUCUAUUACAAUAUUUUUUUAAUACUUCUUUUGGAGGAGAACAAAUCAUGGAUAAUACAAGCCUAGCAAUGAUACUUGCAAUUUGGUUCAUUGCUUUUCAUUUCAUUAAAAUAUUAUUUACUAGCCAAACUUCCAAACUUCUUCCUCCAGGCCCUAAACCACUUCCAAUAAUCGGCAACAUUCUUGAAGUUGGUGACAAACCUCACCAGUCAUUUGCUAACCUCGCCAAGAUUCACGGCCCUCUAAUAUCUCUACGUCUAGGCAGUGUCACAACUAUUGUUGUAUCAUCAGCUGAAGUAGCCAAAGAAAUGUUCUUAAAAAAAGACUACCCUCUUUCUAACCGUACUGUUCCUAAUUCUGUCACUGCUGGUGACCACCACAAACUCACCAUGUCGUGGUUGCCUGUCUCCCCAAAGUGGAGGAAUUUUAGAAAGAUCACAGCCGUUCAUUUACUUUCUCCUCAAAGACUUGAUAGUUGCCAAAGCCUUAGGCAUGCCAAGGUACAACAACUUUUUCAAUAUGUACAAGAAUGUGCACAAAAAGGGCAAGCCGUUGAUAUUGGCAAGGCUGCAUUUACUACAUCCCUCAAUUUGUUAUCAAAACUAUUCUUUUCGGUCGAAUUAGCCCAUCAUAAAUCCCAUACAUCUCAACAAUUCAAAGAACUUAUAUGGAAUAUUAUGGAAGAUAUUGGCAAGCCUAACUAUGCUGAUUACUUUCCAAUCUUAGGAUGUGUCGAUCCUUCGGGUAUUCGACGGCGAUUAGCGUCUAGUUUUGACAAGCUAAUUGCUGUUUUUCAAAGUAUAAUCACUCAAAGGCUUGGUAGUACAACAACAAAGAUAAAUGAUGUGCUUGACGUUCUUCUCGACCUCUACAAACAGAAGGAGCUUAGCAUGGCCGAGAUUAACCAUCUUCUAGUCGUAAGUUCAUUUUUUUUCUCC